AUGAACUUUUCCAAGCAGUUUAAUGAUCCUGAAUUCAUUGAAAAUGUUACUAAAAUUGCAACAAAUGGGCUUGUUGCAAUAUUUUAUAUUUCGACGUUACUUUAUUUGGUAAUAUUUCCUUUUUAUGUAUAUGUCUUCAAAUUGAAUAGAAGGAGGGAUAGAAAGACGCUGUUAUUUCCAACGGUCAGUCACUUUUAUGGAAUGGUGAAGAUUACUUAUUGCAUGUUUGGUAUUUUAAUUUUUUGCAAUAUUAUGAUUCUUUGUAACAAUCCUGGAAGAAGAUUCUUUUUCGGUUUUUUCGUGAUUGUUGUGGCCAUGUGCAUUGUUUUUACACUAUAUCUCUGCACCGCAGCAUUUCACUUUAUAACAUUCCUUUUGGCCGCUCAACGCUUUUUAAUAUUCUUCUUCCCCAACACAGAAAAGCAUGUUGCUGUAUUUCAAAAGUUCUUGUUUAAGCAUAUCUGGAAGGUGUAUUUAGUUAUAUUUGUAAAGGAAGUUACGCUUUUUAUUAUAUUCAACCACAAUACAAGUGACAGUAGAAGGACAACAAAUUUUGGAGUUUAUAUUUUGACGAUAUUUUCUUUAUCCUAUGCAUUGCUAUUUCUUUCUACGGUAUUUUAUAUUCCAAUAAUGAUCAGUGCUUGGAAAGUUUAUCCAGCUCAAAAGUGUGCGGUGCAAAAGUACAUUUAUUGGCAGACACUAACAGUUUUCAUAUUUAAAUCUACAGCUAUAGUCAUAUUCAUCUACCAAAGCACCUUUGGCGCGUAUUCCACAGUACACUACACAUCGGGCAUACUCGCGACAGAUGUUGUCACAACUCCCCUAAUAGUACAAAUUUCGUAUUUGGGAAGUAACCGGUGGACUUCAAAGUCUUCUGUUCCCUUAAAGUGGAAGAAGUUCUUCCGAGUUCUGUUUGAUAUGAAUAAGUCUUCAGUUGUCAAGCCACAAAACGUUUAUUAACUUAAUAAAACCUUGAG